CUGGCUGUCAAUGUAGUUUAACGAAUUUGUUUGACAUUUUAAUUCGAGUUGUAAACAGAAAUAUAUCUAUGAGUUUUUAGCAAAUUAUGGAACGGAUUGUUGCUGGUAUAGCGAAAAUAAAUUUUCAACAAAAUUUUGAAGAUAUUUUGGUUGAAAGUCGUUUUGGAAAUAUGGCCGCCCAAUUGCAGGAGAUGUCUAGAUCAGUUGAUGCAAUCCCUAAAUGCAAUAGCAAUGACAACACAAUAGAGAGUGACAUAGAAUCAGAUAUUAACAGUUCCAGCGAAACAAAUUUAUUUGGUGAUGAUGAUGCAGAUAGCACUGGCAGCAGUAGCAAAGUCGGUGGAACUUUUUCACAGCGUCGCAAUUUACCGCGUCGUGCCUGCAAGGAAAACAGUUUAAAAGUCAAAAGACGUUCGAUUAUGAAACCAAAGCGUCAAAGCUCCUCAACGUCAUGUGAUUUCUCUAUGCUUCGUCCAGCUGAAAUACGUAAAAUUUAUUGCAAUAAAAAACUGAAAAGUUUUCGACCCGCUUGCUUGGAGACAAUCUUUGAAGAGCCGCAGUCUGAACCGCGUCGAGGUGAUGAUACGGUUGCUACCUGCAGUACUGCAUUACGACUGAUUGGCUUGCGAAAAAUACGCCGUUCACUAUCCUGUUCAGAUGGUUUAAAUACCAAUAAAACCUUAAUAAAGCAGAGACGUGCUAAAAUAAAGAAAGUGUUUGGUCGACGUAGUGCUUGCAAAAAGAUUUCAUUACAUGAUUUUAUCGAUCGUUUGAAUAAAAGUUUUGGCGACGAAGCGGACGUCGAAGAUGCCGAUCUAGAGACUGACGACAAUAAUCCACAGGAUGAAGUAAUGGAGGCAGAAAUAUCUGUCACAACGGUUGAUUCUUCAACGCCCGCAACAACACCAAACACAUCAAGAACUGAUUUCGCAAUGCAAUUAGAAACGGAAUUGGUUGAUGCAAACGAGUGUAGCAAUAAAAAUAUUGAAAGAGAGGCGCUAUAUUCUGUGCCAAAUAAUUGUGGCACUCUAUCAUAUUCUUCAGAUACAGCAGAUACAAGUUUGACUAGUGCAUAAAUGAAGCCUAAUGGUUUAAUAGGUAUACAUUAGUUGUAUGUUAGAUAUAUUAGUCUAUAUUUACUAAAUUUUUGGAGUAGCCAGUUAUAAUGUGCGCUCUACUAAGAAGUCACUGCCGAUUUUUGAUUUUGUACUUAUUACUUGUUUCAUAUCCAUAAUUUUCGUAAAAUUCCUUUUCUAAAACCCAACAAGCAUUCAUAAUUAAAUUAAUUCAUUCACUUACUCUGUCAUCCAACAUUUUUCACUUAAUUUAAAAUAUUGAAUAUGCGUAUUAUUUGAGCGUGUUUGGGUUAAUAACACUGAUGCAUUGAUUUCAAAUAGCAUUUUAAUUUAUGUCUUAUUGUAUUAUUAUAUUUGUGCAAGCGCCAACGAUUUUACUAACGUUAACUAGCAUUAGCGAUAGACACCCCGUAUUAUAAAUUCCUCUAAGCUAUUCAAUGUAAGCAAUUUUGAUUACUUGAAGUAUAAUAUCUGAGUAUUGUACAAGUUUUACAAACUGUUUAUGUUAUGAAUUUAUUACAAAUAUGUUUCCGCAUUUACUGAAGCUCCACCGAUAAGGAAAGCUAACUACAAAAACAAUUCCAUGAAAAUAAAUAAAUUUUAAUGCAGUUCAA